UGAAAAACUUCAUCAUGUUUUUUACAAAGACGAGUUGUUGGCCACUUAUGUCGAUUUAGAAUUUCAGGAUUACAUUAUUGAAUUGAAAACUAGUAAUAUUAAGGCUAAUGAUAGCCCGCUAGCACUACUUAUUUUUGAAAUUCAAUUGCUUAUUCAAUACUUAUGCACUGGCAAAAAUAUUUACCUAUUAUGA